AUCUGUGAUUUCGAAACAUGAGACUUAAAAUGAUGCCCAGAAAUGGCGUGCUUUCAACUUUAACUUUUAGCUGCAGAAUUCAUUGUAGAGGGUCUGUUCGGAAUUGUAUUCAGGGUGCUUUGGAACUCAGUGUGCAUAACGAGGAGUUUGUCUCAAAAUUGCUCAAUAGAAAAUGGGCACUGAGGAGCGCUGCUACCCAAAUUCACCAAAUAAUGGUAUCAAAUCAGUACAGAGAGCAGGGAGAUGCUUUUGAUAAUGUUUCUUUUGUCAAUAUUCAACAACCUUCCUUGGGCAAGAGCUUGGUGGCUGAAAACCACUGCCAGCCAUCCUUUUAUGUGGUGAGGGAUGAUUUGUUGCAUCCCCUGGUGAAUGGUAACAAGGCAAGGAAACUGGAUGCGCUGCUCCCUCUCCUCCAACAUAAUUCAGUAACUGAUGUGGUUACAUGUGGAGGUUGUCAAAGUGCACAUGCAGCUGCUGUUGCUGUCUCAUGUGCUGAGAGGGGACUGAAGUCACAUUUACUUCUUCGUGGUGAACAGCCUGAAACUCUCACUGGCUACAAUUUAAUUUCCACAAUGUAUGGCAAUGUUAGAUAUGUCCCAAGAUCUCUAUAUGCCAAGAGAGAAGAAAUGCUCGCAAUGCAUGCCAAUAAGGUGGCAGGCAGUGAUGGGUCAAUUGUCUCACUUGGUGAACUUCUGGACGCUUCUUUCUCUAAUCAAGGAUUCGAUGAACAGUCUGUGCAAGUGGCUACUCGUUCAUAUGCAGAAAGUGAAAAGAAGGUGGUAAUUAUUAAUGAAGGUGCUGGAGAUGUUGUAGGAUUACUAGGUGCCAUACGGCUUGUGGAAUACUUGUCGCAGGAACAUUUAUUUGGAAGAAAUCAGGCACUUAAGAUUAUUGUAGAUGCUGGUACAGGUACUACUGCCAUUGGUUUAGGACUUGGAGCUGUUUGCCUAGGGCUCCCAUGGAAAGUCACUGCAGUUAUGCUGGCUGACACUAUUGAGGGAUAUAGACAAAAGGAGAAAAGUCUAAUUUCUGAGUUUUGUGUGAGUUUUAAUCUCCCUGAUAUUGACCCAUUGUUGAGCAAAGGACGUGGAGUUGUGCACUGGGUAGAACGCAGCUUACCAAGAAAAUUUGGCAAAGUGUUGAAAGGUGAAGUCGAGAAAUGCCAAAGAAUUGCCCGGGAUACGGGUGUUCUUGUUGAUCCUGUGUACACUCUCGCUGCUUGGGAACUGGGUAUGCGAUUUAGUCGCGAGGAAGGUGCGAAGGCCGUGAUGCUUCACACAGGAGGCACACUCGGUAUGUUUGGAUUGGCUCAGCGGUACAGAUCUUACUUUCAAAUGUUGAAUGAAUGAAUUUUUGGUGGCUUUCUUGUGACUGCAUUGCAUAAUAGGGCAAUCAAGUUGGCUAUUUGGUGGCUUUCUUGUGAUUAAAAACAAACAAAAUUUGCAGCAUUGAUGAGUAA